AUGUCCGGAGAACUAGGAGUGCUAAAUGCACUGGAUGUGGCAAAGACACAAUUGUUCCAUUUCACUACAAUUGUGAUUGCUGGAAUGGGUUUCUUCACUGAUGCCUAUGAUCUUUUCUGCAUUUCCCUUGUCACAAGAUUACUAGGGAGAAUAUAUUACACAGAACCAAAUGCAGCAAAACCAGGAACACUUCCACCAAAUGUUCAAGCCGCUGUAACCGGUGUUGCACUAUGUGGAACACUAGCAGGCCAAUUAUUCUUCGGUUGGCUCGGGGACAAAAUGGGAAGAAAAAAAGUCUAUGGACUAACACUUAUUCUCAUGGUUGUUUGUUCAGUUGCUUCAGGUCUUUCUUUCGGAUCAAGUCCGAAAAGCGUUAUGGCAUCACUUUGUUUCUUUAGGUUCUGGCUUGGUUUUGGAAUUGGUGGUGAUUAUCCUCUUUCAGCUACAAUCAUGUCUGAAUAUGCUAACAAAAAGACGCGUGGCGCGUUUAUAGCUGCUGUCUUCGCUAUGCAAGGGUUCGGUAUCUUAGGUGGUGGAAUCGUUGCGUUGAUUGUGGCGUCUGUGUUCGAUCACAAAUAUAAUGUUCCUUCUUUUGAAGAAAAUCCGGCCGCGUCAUUGUUAUUGCCUCAAUUUGAUUAUGUUUGGAGACUUAUUCUUAUGUUUGGUGCUCUUCCGGCUGCAUUAACGUACUAUUGGCGUAUGCAAAUGCCUGAAACCGCUCGUUACACGGCUCUUGUUGCUAAGAAUGCGAAACAGGUUGCUUUGGAUAUGUCGAAGGUUUUACAAGUUGAAAUUGAAGUUGAAGAGGAAAAAGUGGAAAAAUAUACAGGCAGCGAAAGGAAUAGUUAUGGCUUGCUCAGCAAGGAAUUCGCCAAGAGACACGGUUUGCAUUUGGUUGGAACAUGUAGUACUUGGUUUUUGUUGGAUAUUGCCUUCUAUAGUCAGAAUCUUUUCCAGAAAGAUAUUUUUAGCGCAAUUGGUUGGAUCCCUCCGGCAAAAGAAAUGAGUGCAAUUCACGAGGUUUACAAGAUUGCGAGAGCGCAAACACUUAUCGCGUUGUUUAGUACUGUUCCUGGUUACUGGUUCACCGUGGCCCUAAUCGAUUACAUGGGUCGUUUCGCUAUUCAACUGAUGGGAUUCUUCUUCAUGACAGUUUUCAUGUUUGCUCUCGCUAUACCAUAUGAUCAUUGGAGUCAUAAAGAAAACAGAAUUGGGUUUGUUGUAAUGUACUCAUUAACUUUCUUCUUUGCUAAUUUUGGUCCAAAUUCUACAACAUUUGUUGUUCCGGCAGAGAUUUUUCCAGCUAGGUUAAGGUCUACUUGUCACGGAAUAUCAGCCGCUGCAGGAAAGGCUGGAGCGAUAGUUGGCGCGUUUGGAUUCUUGUAUGCUGCACAAAGUAAAGAUCCUACAAAGACCGAUAAAGGAUAUCCGACCGGUAUUGGGAUUAAGAACUCGCUUAUUAUGCUUGGUGUGAUCAACUUUGCUGGGAUGUUGUUCACUUUACUAGUUCCAGAAUCAAAGGGGAAAUCGUUGGAAGAGUUGAGUGGAGAGAAUGAAGGAGACGGUGAUAUCAAGGCCAGUGGCGAGUGA